AUGUCUGUAGACAAGAUCAAUGUGUGGGACGACCCACGCGUCCAGAAACGAUCUGCCCAUCUGAACGGCAGGACGUAUGGAUACCUCUACGGCGAACCCAGGGAAGGCUGUCGAGGGACCAUCUUCCUCGUCUAUUUCCUCCAGUUCCAUGGCUUCCCCGAUAUCUCGAUGGGAUGGCGCUAUCAGAUCCCCAUGCUGCUAUCUCUGGGCUUGAGGGUCGUGGCGCCGGACUGUAUGGGCUAUGGUAGGACGGACGCACCUCCAUAUACCUUGCGAGACUACGGCUUCAAGCGGAUCAGCGACGACAUGGCCGAGCUGGCGAGACAACUCGGCGUUGAUAGAAUUAUCAUUGGUGGACACGAUUGGGGUGGCGGGAUAGUUUACCGCUUCGCUUUCUACCAUCCCACCCUAGUAACUCACGUCUUCUCAAUCUGCACCCCCUACCUCGCCCCGCAACCGACCUACACCCCGCUCAAACUCCUAACCCGCACCACAGUCCCCAACUUCAGCUACCAACACCAAUUUUCCUCCGGCGCGAUCGAAGAGUCCAUCCAGACCCGCUCCCAGAUAAAAUCCUUCCUCAACGCCGCUUACGGCGGCAAACCCGCGGAUCCUGCUUUGGUCGUCUUCAACCCCAACGCCGGCUUCAAUCUGGCUGGACUCGAGAAGCUCGGUCAUACUCCGUCACUCAGUGAGGAGGAACUGGAGUAUUACGCCUCUGAGUUCUCGCGGAACGGGUUGCAUGGCCCCUGUAAUUGGUAUCGGACGCAUGAGAUCAAUUGGGAGGAUGAGUGGGAAUAUAUUUUCAGGUUUGGCGAGGUGAAGGAGCUGCCAAGGCUGGAGCAGGAGGUGCUGUUUGUGUUGGCUACCAAGGAUGAGGCGUUGAGGCCUGAGAUGGCGCGGCAUAUGGUUGAGGGUGGGGAGGGGCCGAAGGGGCUGUUGCCGAGGCUGAGGAGGAGGGAGGUUGAGGUGGGGCAUUUUGCGCAUUGGGAGAGUCCGGCGGAGGUCAAUGAGGUGAUUAAGGGGUGGGUGGAGGAGGUUGUUUUUGGGUGCAAGGGAGAGGGGGGUGGAAAGGAAAGGGUGGGGACUGGGAGUAAGCUGUGA